AUGAUAUCCUACAGCCAAAGAGCCAUCCGUCGCGAUGCCGACUCCCACGAAAAGCAGCCCGCCCUGCUCGAUGCGCUCGAUGACCGCGAUCAAUCGGGAUUGGAGACUGCAGCCCAUGGUCUUGAGUGUAUCGAGCCUCGUUCCACUACAGAAACUCUGCAGACGCCAUGGCCAAAGCGCCUUGAAGAACUCGUCCGCCGCACAGGCACAUCAUCAACUUCCAGUCUGGAUGAGGAGAGCGCGCAAAGUAUGCACCACCAUCUGGACGCGCUGGAGCGCAUUCUCGGCGAUUUACCGCAGGAGCCGAUGCAUGAGAUCCCGGAAGAGUCAAUACCGACUGCGCCGGAUCAGAGCGAUCAUGGUGGUAUAAAUAAGGAGGAAAUACUAUCCCAAUUGCAGGGACUCAUGAGCGAGGUUACUACCUUGAAUGAGGAGGGAAAUAAGCGGCGCAAGGAAUCAUACGAAAUAAGAGACCUCUUUGAAGAGAGGUGUCGCGGAUUGACGCGCACAGUGGCAGAAUUAGAAGACGAGGUACUAGAAUUACAAGGGGAUCUGGUAGAAGAUUCGAUCGAGCUAGAGGGGAUACAAGGCACUGUGCGCGGACUGCAAGAUUGGAUCGACCGGUUGCGCGAAACGCAAAAGAUGAGUCGUUUAGCGCGUGAUCGGUCGCAGCAAGAGGCUCGGCGACGAUGGGCGAUCCGGAGAACUAGCCUAGAUGUCGGCACGGAAACGGAUGCAGAGAUUGUUUUGGACGGCCUCACGGCCUGGAUGCGCGGUUGGCGGGAUGUUGAAGAGGGAUUCCAGGUUCGAUCACGGGCACGGCAGAUGAGGAGAGAAAAAAGACAGGAGCAGCACUUGCGGCCGAGAGAAAAGCUACAGGAGAUGUCCCGGAGAUCCUGGGCCGGUUGA